CAGCCAAAUUGGAGAAGAAUAUGAUACUGCAAGACUCUUGAGUUGGAAUAAUCAGUUGUGUACAGCUAGGGUGAUGAACCUAUGGAUGCACUACCUUUUAAGCAUUUAAGAAUGGGCAUUUAUCGAACUUUUAUAGUGUACAUACAAUGUCACAAUAGUCUGGAUGUUGGGAGGGGUUUAAUACCUAGCAGCACUUUAUGAGGCGAGCAAGUGCAGGGUUGGCUGUUUUCUGGUAAUAGUGGUCUCUCAUUCGACGAAGAUUAUCAACGCAGGUCUCUGCGCAUCACACCUUGAGAAUAUAAACACUCCAUUCCACCUCAGAAUGGUCUCGAUGGAUUAUGAACCGCGGCGCCUUCUUGUUGAGGAAAAGCAGACUUAAACAGGAGGCAGCCGUAUGGAAACCCCUAACUCUCUAGUUAUCGGCAAUCAAGAAAUGGCGGGUUAAAGCACACUUAAGGAAAUCUCUAAUCCGGGACAGAUUUGUAUUCUCACCUAGUUGUUAACACUGCCGUCACUGCCACACUGGUGCAAUUCUCAGUACCUCCCUGGAGUUCAACCCCCGAAGAAUCCACACCGUUCAAUGAUUUAUGUAGCGGAUGGGAUUGAUCGGGAGCUGAGGGUCCCGGGAGUUGGUAUGAAAUACAGCGGACAACAAACUCUGGGAAUCCCGAGACACAGCACGACUGACAGCAACUAGGAGGCGGAAGUGUGGCCGCGUAGGGGCAAAACCGCCAUUUCACGUGGCACCCCCAUUCUACCUACUCAUUGUGCUCGCUCCAAAAUUUCCAUAGCGAGAAACCAAUCCUUUCUUCUUUAUUCUCUCCACAAAUUCAGUCGGUUUCGUGUUGCGGGUAAAAGGGUCGGAGGAUCCGAAUGGGUACUCGGACAGGGUCGCACCAGCUGAGCAGCGGGUUGAUCGUGUCGGGUCGGCCGGAGCAGCAGCAGCAGCAGCAGCGACAGCACGCGGUGGCGUCGCGCGCGGUAAUUUACACCGGCGGCGAUGUCAAAAAGUCCGGGGAAUUAGGGAAAAUGUACGGAAUCGAUAUCGCCGGCGGGGAGGCGGUCGGACCGGCGCCGCCGAAGCUCCCCUCCCGGCCGGCGAGCGGAUCCGCCAGAUCCGGGCAGAGCUCCGGCACAUUGGGGCUGAGAUCGACGAAUUCGGGGCCGAUGAGUAAGAAGUCGUCGUCGUCGUCUUUCUCUGGUCCGCUGACGCCGAUCCAGCCGACCGGGCUCAUCACGUCCGGUCCGCUGUCUACGUCGGCUUCCUCGAACCGGCGGUCCGGAGGGCAGCAGGACAGCGCUCCGAGCUCGUUCCACGAGCCGGCGUACGGCGCCGCCGUGACGAGCCUUGGAGAGAAUGUGAAGCUUGGGCUUAGGGUUUCGCGCGUGGCGAUUUGGGUGUUUCUGGUGGUGGCGGUUAUGGGGCUGGUGGUCGGGGCGUUCCUGAUGGCCGCCGUCAAGAAGGCGGUGAUACUGGUGGCGGUGGUCGGCGUGUUGGGCGCCGCCGUGGUGGUCGGCGCCUGGAAUUAUGCCUACAAGGAACGCAGCUUUUGGCGGUUCGUGAGGAAGUUUCCAGAUGCGGAGCUCAGGGGAGCUGUCGAUGGACAGUACGUCAAGGUCACUGGGGUCGUAACAUGUGGAAGCAUACCUCUUCAAACUCCAAUUGAGAAGCUGGACAGAUGCGUGUACGUUUCAUCCGAGGUGUAUGAAUACAGAGGCUGUGGUGUGAAAGGCGAGCCCACUUCGGAAAGUUGCUUAACAAAUGUCUCUUGGGGACUAAAACAUUCCGAGAAGUAUGUGGCGGAUUUUUAUAUCUCUGACUUUCAGUCGGGCCUAAGAGCGCUUGUGAAAGCAGGGUACGGCGCGAAAGUCGCCCCUUUUGUUGUACCGUGUUCGUGGCUACAAGUCGACAAGAAAAGUAAGGCAAACUGCAAGUUUGUGAACUGGCUGUCGGGGCGCAGGUUAUGGAGUGGCAACGAGGGUGACCGUACAAUGCGACUAAAGGAAAGUUGGAUAAGAGAAGGGAUGGCGGUGAGCGUGAUGGGAAUGGUUCGGCGGCAAGAUAAUGUUGUAAUGAUCGUGCCGCCUACGGAGGCGGUGUCGACGGGUUGCCAAUGGGCGUGUUGCCUUGUACCGGCCUACGUCGAACAAGGCCUUAUUGUGGUGUGCGAGGACUUACCUCUCAACGCUAUUCCUGUAUAGUAUACAUUACAAUACAAUACAAGGUGCGUAUGGACAUUUUUCGAUUUCUACUUCUACUUCUAAUUCUCUUUAACGUGCUUUAGUGUCCAAAUAUGCUUCAUUCAGCUAAAAUUAAAAUUAUUAUAUAUAUUUUUAAAAUUUUCGUGUCCAGCAUGUUUAUCAAGAUGAAGAAGAAGAACAUGUCACUUGUCAUUGUAAAUAAGUAAUGGAUGCGAAAGCUCCAUCUUGUCUUUGACGAGGAAAA